CUUCUUUUGACAGUUGGUGGUUACCUUAGCAACCAGUAACUGACAGCUCGUCCCCUUCUUCUGUUCCCGUUUGUAACUGUGCUCUCCCUCCUCACGGCUGGUGGCCAUCGAGUGUCAUAGGAAAUCCAUCGCUGUGCGUCACCUCUGCUGCCCGUAUCCUGGGGGACAUACUGCUCCCCUCUGCCUCUUCCUGCCAGUUCAACCCUGCCUGCGCAUCAGCAUGGAUCUGGCAGACUUGGAAGACAUGAGCAGUGGCUGUGAAGGCAAAAACUGCAGCUUAGCAUCAAGGCUCCAGGAGGACUGCAGAACCCAGGACUGCUACUGGGAGGAACCCAUGUUUGGACUGAUUGAGUUAGUUUGCGUGACGAUGGUUUAUAUCCCACUGAUGUUAUUCGGUCUUCUUGGGAACAUCUUGACCAUACUUGUGGUGUGGCUUCGUCCGCACAUGAGGAGCUCGACUUAUCUGUACCUGAGCAGCAUGGCCGUCAGCGACCUGCUAAUUCUCCUUCUGCUCCCUCUGGAUCUGUACAAGCUCUGGAGACCCAGACCGUGGCCCCUGGGAGACCUUGCCUGCAAGCUGACUAUGUUCCUCUCAGAGUGCUGCACCUUCUGCACCAUCCUCCACAUCACCUUCCUCUCCCUGGAGCGGUACGUGGCGGUGUGCUGGCCGAUCACAGCCAAGACGGUCGUGACGCGCCGCAGAACCAGGGUCAUCAUCAGCUGCCUGUGGCUGGGCGCGGCUGUCAGCGCGUCGCCCGUCUUGAUUAUGGUCGGAGUGGAGGACGUCGGGGGAGAGGAGUUUGGGCUCAACCAGUGGAGGGAGGAUGUGGGCCGGCUGGGCGGAGAGGAAGAGCAGGGAGGGAUAAUGAUGAGCGGAGUGGAGAGAGGAGGCGCAGUCAUGGCUUUGCUGGAUCCACGGUUGGAGGAAAUAAAGUUGGGAGAGAAGGAGAAAGAAGGAUGGGGUGAAGACCUCACAGACUUUAUAUGGCUUGACGACAAAAACAGCGAAUCAAAAGAGGGAACUGAAUGGAAACCAGAGGACAUUAAAGACAAAACAGAAGAAGCCGAGGAGCCAAAUGAGGAGAAAAGGAAGGUGGAAUUUGAGAAAGAUCAGCAAAACAAAAAGAAAGAAGAUGAGGGGGGAGGAAGCGAGGAGAGAGCCGAUGCAAGCCGUGGCGGAGAGAUCGACAGAAAGGAGUGCCGCUGUACACACUACGCCAUCUCCUCAGGUCUCUUGUCCACCAUGAUGAUUCUCUCCAACUUGUACUUCCUGGUGCCCCUUUGCAUCCUCGGCCUGGUGUACACCCUCAUUGGACGGACACUGUGGCUCCGCCCAAAGAGCAGCAGAAGAGACCAGAGUCACCGAAGCACAGUGAAGAUGUUAGGAGUGAUCGUCUUGGCAUUUGUGCUCUGCUGGCUUCCCUUCCACGUCGGCCGGACCAUAUUAUCCCUUUCUCUCGGCUCCAGCGUUGAGAGACAGGACGCCUACACAAAUGCAACCGCCCACACUGACGCGAACACCGGCGCUCUGGAGACAAUUAGGACAAAACGACAGUUUCACAACGGUGCAACGUAUGAAGUGCCAAACAGGACAGCGGUUACUGGAAGCCCCCAAAAGGUCAAACAAAGUCCCGGCCCUCUCGCUACCACCAUGAAGGCGUACACCGCGAUGCCCCCCGACCUUUAUGCUGACGUUGCACUCAACGCUCUCUUAAACAACACACACUCUCAGCCUGACACUCACAUGUACUUUCUGUACUAUCUGUCUCAGUAUUUUAAUCUGGUGUCUUCUGUCCUCUUCUACCUCAGCGCCGCUGUCAAUCCGUUACUUUACAACCUGAUGUCUGCCAGGUACAGACUGGCUGUCCACAGCCUCAUACACAAACACCCUCACACACACCCUCACCGCCUGCGCGCGCUCACGGCUCGGCACUCCACCACCACCACUUUGUAAGCUACCAGCAGAGCUGCUGUUCAACGUUCUCUCCAGCUCACCCCAGAGAUUUAGGGCUUAGCGCUGGAACGGCCUGGACGAAGGUUACUUUUAUGUCUUGAGAACCAUUUUUGUGUUGAUUUGGCCGAAUGUUUUGAAUUAUUCUUAAAAAAAAAAAAAAAAAAAAAAAAAAAAAAAGGAAAUUAAGCAAAAGUGUACAUAAAAUUAGGAAUAAAAUUUUAUUUUUUAAUAUAAAUCUCAGGAUGUCAAACUUGAAAUUACAAACUGGUCAACUCAAACUGACACAGUAGGAGUGAAAAAAGAAGACAUAGGAAUUCUUUGAAGAAUCUUCAGUAAUAUGAGCUGCAGAAACAUUAUUUCCCUUAAGGAUCAACAAAGUAUUUUUGAAUUGAAUUUAAUUUCAUUGAAUGAACCACAUUAAGGAAUAUACUAAUCAAAAGCGUAAACAAAUUUGAGAAUAUAAAACAAGUCAUGAGGUUACAUGAUGAAUAAAAAAAAGAGCAAAACAAAACGUGGCUAAAAACACAAACAAUUCUCAUAACAAUGAUUCAUUCAAAUGAUCUUUUCUGAGUUUAUCUCUACUGUUUUUAAGAGAUAAAUUUUCGCACAAGAAGGAAACUUUUCAUGCAAUUUAUUGUCUGGUGACAAUAACCAGGAACUAAAUGGUUAUGUCUCUUAUUUAUACAGUGCAUAUAUUUAUCUAUGAUCUCUAAUUUCUUUGAAGAGAUUUCCAUACGCUUGUUUGUUGUUUGAUGCUUUGUGUUACAUCAUUUUUCAAUAAGUUCAGAUUAUAACCUGGUAGUUUUGCAGGACUGAGUGGACAGACUGUGGUUCUCAUUGGCAGCGUUCCUGUCCUGCAGGAUCUGGAAAAGAUUAAGCCAAGGUUAAGAGUAUAAGUAUUUAAAUCUCUUUAAAAUGCCAAGGUUGCUUCAAUAUGCAUAUUUAAGUAGACUGUGUGUAAAUGCAAAAACGUUUGAUUGCACAAGCACACUCGCACACACUCAGCUCACACAGACAAACGAGGCAGGGCUAUUUCAUUGAUUCAUGUAGUUUCAUUCAGGUCGAUGUGUUUUAUGUGACAUAAAUCACAUUAUGGACACUGAUGUGGCAGAUACGGCUACAAAUGGGUUUAUUUGAUGGCAGAGUUUCAUGUCUUGUGUAAAGGACAUUUCCUCCGAUGCUGGCCCGACUGUCAGCAGGUAACGAUUGAGGAUGGAUUUCCUGAAGUUCAGCAGGAUGCAGUGGCCUCGGGCCGAGGGACAAUUGAUUAGAUUGGAUCUGUAAUCCAGCCUAUUCAAGAUUUUUUUUUCUUUUCUAAGAACCGUGUUCUUAGAAAUAUGGUCUUGAGAUUUUGAUUGGAAAUGGACAUGAAACUCUCCUUUAUGACGAGCGUGUAAGACAUGGACAGUGAUGAAUGUUUCUCAUUGCUUUCUCUGGUCCUGGUGAAUUAACAGUUAAUGUACAACUGGUACGCCGCACACUUUGGCUCUAAAUCAAAGGUGGAUGCGGAAUGUUUUAUGUUCUGAUCAUUUGACAUGUUAAAAGAUUUAAUAUAAGCUGUAAGAUGUUUACAGAUUUUUUUGUAUUUAUGUUCACAUUUACCUAUUAAAGACUGC